GACGAAUCACGAUGCCAUGAUGAUUUUCGUAUGACCACUAACACUGCCAAAUCUAAGAGCAAAGGGUUCGCCAUGGAAACCAGCACACCAUCCAUUCCGAGUGGUUCUCGCGAAACAGUCGCUGAAGGCCCGGUUUCUCUUGUCUCGAAGAGCCUUCUCGAGCGUGAAGGGCAGACUCAGUGGAUCGCAAUAAAGACAUCUACCAUCCAUCGCAAAUAUGCCAAAGAGCCGCACGAUAUCAUCAAGGAGGCGAGGCUGAUCGCCUCUGCAUGUCAUCCAAAUGUGGUUUCUAUCUUAGGCCAUAGCAUCGAUUCACCCCGGCAGGCCAUGAGCUUUUGGAUGCCAUAUGUGCCUUCGUCUCUGAUCGCAUUGUUGUCUUCGAACGACUUUUCGCCUCAUCCACUUAUUUCAAUUAUGGCCGCAGAUCCAUUAAAUCCCAGUCCGCGCGAACAGCGCUUCGUCCUUCUCGUGAAAUCGCUCAUGUUUCAAAUCCUAAUUGGCGUGACAUUCCUUCACGAGACCGCGAAAAUUGCACACCGAGAUAUCAAGCCAAGCAACAUACUUCUCACGUCAUCUGGCCGAGUCCAGCUCAUUGACUUUGGCAUAUCCUGGAAGGAAGGGGAAGAUCUUGCCGCGAAGAAAAACGAUUUAUGGGUUGAAACCCCGGAAAAGAUGUACUUUGAAGUUUCUACGGGACCAUACCGCGCCCCUGAGCUGCUGUUUGGGCCUAGGAAUUAUGACCCAUUCGCGAUCGACUCUUGGAGCCUCGGAGCGACUUUUGCGGAAUUCUUCACUUCUGUUCGUCUGUUUAACCCACUUGACGAUGAAGACUUCGGCGAUGAGCAGUCUGACUCAGGAGACGAUAGCCCCGGCGGCCUAUCGAAGCCAGCUGAGCCGUUCAUCAUACCAAAGAGACUUCGCAUUGGAGACCCCACAAACAGGUGGGUUAGGGAUUCACUGUUUGAUUCCACACGUGGAGAGAUUGGUUUAGCAUGGAGUAUUUUCAAGACACGAGGUUCGCCAAAUGAGACCAAUUGGCCAUCUUUCUUGAACUUACCGGAUGCAAACAAGUUGUCCUUCAUAAAUGCAGACCCUGUUGACCUUCCCUCCAUGCUACCUAAUUUUCCUUCAUCUGCACAACAGCACGAGGCCGACACGAAAAACCACACACCCCGAGAGACCAUGUCACCAACUCCUGUUGAUCUUAUCCACCGAUUCCUUGUGUACGAACCAUCUCAGCGUCUCCGCCCUUCCAGGGCUUUAACUCACCCCUGGUUCACCUCCGAACCACUGUUACUUCUGCCAGACGACUUUCCUGUCUCGAAUAUCCCUGGUGAGGCCCCAAUAAGCCUUAGCUGGGGCGCAAAGUCUUUGGGAGAAUGGCUUUCAGACGUUCUUCCCAGUGGCGCAAUUUGAAGGGAUGAGUAGAACGAGGGAUACGACAAAAUCAUUUGUUAUACAAUGCGCA